AGACUGGAAGAAACUCCAGGUUAACAAGCUGUUGCCUCUGUGCUGAGACCUGCAAACUCUCCAAACCAAUCACUGACCUACUCUUGGAAGCCUCCAAUCAGAAACAUCCCACAACUUCUCCAUGAGAACUCUCCCAGUGCAUAAGUGCCCACUCUCAAUGCUUUUUCCCUGAUCAUAUACAGCUCUGCAGCUCACAGUUCCAUGCUUUUCUUAUUUCCUUUGCUCUCUUCAAGCCUGGUGUCUCCACUUAGAGUUGGACCUUUCCCCCCCUCUCUUCCCCAGGACUAACGUGUGGGAAGAAGAGUAACUCUUGAAGGAGGCAGGAUGGUGAGGGGAGCACAGCGCUCCUGGCAAUCUUGGCGCUUCGUCAUCCCGGGACUUCAUCACCAGUUUUCCAAGGAAUAUUUGUGUUAUAUUAAAAUCUUUCAAAUGUAGAAUACUCUUCAUGAAAUAUGCUCUUCUUACAUACUUCAGCCUUUAGAAAGUUCUUUGCUUUACUGUCAGUCUAGUGUCUAGAAAAGUUUCACUUCCUGGAGCAAAGCAUGGGACCAGAUGCAUAGUGGGUCUGUUUAUGAAAGGAAAAGAGUGUCAUUUUCAUCUCCUUCAUCUGAUAGGGGAAGAACUGGAUUGGUUUGAGCUGGUGACUCAGUUAAUUCUGUUUCCAUUCAUUCUCAGCAACAAAUCACUUUUCCCUUGGGGAGGCUGAUAAGAAUCCAGAAGCUUGGUGUGGCCAAGUGUGGUAGUCUUUAAAACAUUCCCAGUCCUUUCACCAACCCUUUCCUUCCGCCACUAUUCAUUGGAGACUGCUUUGGAAUCCAAGAAGGGGGUCUGCUGAAUGUUUGAAAGCAUGUAUCAUCCCAGCUGGAGCAGUCUGCAGGCUUUAAAGUCUCUUCACCAUGUGGAUGCACCGGAGAAAUGACCUGCCCGGACAAGCCAGGCCAACUCAUAAACUGGUUUGUCUGCUCCUUGUGCAUCCCACGGGUGCUGAGGCUUUGGAGUAGCAGACGCCCGAGGACCAGGAGGAAUCUGUUGCUAGGGACCGCCUGUGCUCUCUACCUGGGCUUCCUGGUGAGCCAGGUUGGGCAUGUGUCACCCCAGCAUCGAAGGGCUCCAGAAAAGGGGCCUUACCCGAACGUGGAUGCUGCUGGGACCCCCUUUCUGGAGCUGCCCUUGGAUGGAACACUGGCACCCCCUGCAAACCAAGGAAAUGGGACCACCCUGCAACCCAAUGUGGUAUAUAUCACCUUACGCUCCAAGAGGAGCAAACCAGCGAACAUUCGAGGAACAGUGAAGCCCAAGCGCAGGAAAAAAUAUGUCCUGGCCUCCUUAAGUCAGAGACAGGAGAUGUGGACUAAGCCAUCCAUCCAGCCCCAUGGGCCGCUAGUGGCAGCCGAGGCUGAUAUCCCUGGGAAUCCCCACAAGGAGGAAGUGGACAGGGGCUGGGGCCGCCCUUGGAGACUGGCCCAGGGACCAGACCUCCAAUUGCCCAGGACCGUGGAGAGCAACAUUAGGAUAUACAGUGAGAGCGCUCCCUCGUGGCUGAGCAAAGAAGACAUCCGGGGGAUGCGUUUGCUGGCUGACAGUGCUAUUGGAGACAUCCAAGAAUUGCCGUCCCAGAGUGGGGCCCGCUUGCUGGUGCUGGAGGGGAGCUCGAAGAACAAAUGGCCUUCUUGCGACUCCAAUCCCUGUGGCUUGCUCAAGAGACCCUUGGACAUGAGUGAAGUGUUUGCUUUCCACCUGGAUCGGAUCCUGGGACUCAACAGAACCCUGCCAUCUGUGAGCAGGAAGUCUGAGUUCAUUCAAGAUGGCCAUCCCUGCCCUGUGAUUCUCUGGGACUCAUCACUGUCUCCAACAUAUAAUGGAAGUCAUUCUUCCGUUUCACUCACUUGGGGUACUUAUCAACAAUUACUCAAGCAGAAGUGUUGGCAAAAUGGGAGAGCACCCAAAGCUGAAUGGGGAUGUACUGAAGUACAUCAUCAUGAAUGGUCCAAGAUGGCACUUUUUGAUUUUCUGCUUCAGAUCUACAACCGCUUAGAUGUAAACUGCUGUGGAUUCAGACCCCGGAAGGAGGAUGCCUGUGGUCAGAAGGGAAUGAGACUGAAAUGUGAUAAUCAAGAUACUGUGGAGUUAACACACAUUGUUCAAAGAAAGCAUGACCCAAGGCAUUUGGUCUUUAUAGACAAUAAAGGUUUCUUUGACAGAAGUGAAGAUAAUUUAAAUUUCAAAUUAUUAGAAGGAAUCAAAGAGUUUCCUGAAUCUGCAGUUUCAGUUCUGAAGAGUCAGCACUUAAGGGAAAAGCUCCUUCAAUCCUUGUUUCUUGACAAAGUUUAUUGGGAAAGCCAAGGAGGUCGACAAGGAAUAGAAAAACUUAUUGAUGUAAUAGAACAGAGGGCCAAGAUUCUUCUCACCUACAUCAAUGCACAUGGAGCCAAAGUUUUGCCUAUGAAUCAGUGACUUUGAAAGGCUUUUUAUUAAUGUAAGAAUUGGGACAAAAGUAUUAGAACAUGGAAAUAUUUGCGUACUUCUACAAGAGUCUGCAGAAAUAUAUCUGAAAAUAUUCUGUCUUCACAGAAAAUAUCCACUUUACUCUUUCUACACAUAUAUUGAACUGGAUCCAGUAGAAUGUAAGCUCUUUGAGGGCAGGAGUUGUUUUUUGUUUUUGUUUUUUUGUAUUUCUGAUAUCCUAGAUUUGUUGCCUUGUACUUUUUAGUCUUUUUUGGUAUUGAAAGUAUUGGAUUGGCCUAAAUACUUGACUGCAGAAUGGUUUCAAAAGUUAGGUGAUCUAAUUUUAGUCAAAUCAGUAUUAACAUUGACUAAGUUCAGUUCAAUUAAACUCAACAAAUAUCUUUUUUGUACUUGUUAUAUGCGAGGCACUAUAGUACGCACUGAGAAUAUAAAACUAGAAACAACAAAGUCCUUAUCCUGAAGGUGCUCACAUUGGUUUCUUUGUUCAGUAGAGGAAAUCUAGAUAUAAUAUAUUGGCCAUUUCUAUAAUGACACCAUAAAGAAAGCUCUUUAUUACAGUGACCAAAAAUUACCUUUGUUUUUGGAGCCUUUUGUCCUUCUAGGUUUUGAGGAACCUUGGGUUAAUGAACCUUCCAUUCAAAACAGAAAUGCUUAAAGAAUAUGGUCACUAUCUCAGCACUGGCAAAUGCAUAUCCAGAAUUCACAAAAAAACCUCAAAGAUUUCAGUAAUGCCCUGAAUAGAUCCAAUGUAUCAUUUGUAAAAACAGUACAUUCCCUGACAUUUCUACUAAAAACCCUGCCAUACCUAUAGCAAAAGCAGAAUAUUCUCAGACCUUUUGGAAAUAAAUUGUAUUUCAAAUCUGACUAUAUUCAUAACUUGUUCUUUCUAAAAAGAGAUCUAAAUUAUAUCUUGUGACUUGGAAUCAAAUGAUUCUUAGAUUGAUUAUUUAGAAAUUAUACACACACAUACAUAAGAAAAUUUUUUUUUUUCUUUUUAGGGACAGAGAAAGAAUUUAGUUUGUCAAUUUUUUGAAGGAUAUAUAUAUAUAAUGAAACCAGAUUUAAAAUGAAAAAUUUAUUCAGAUUUUGCUAAAAUGACAAUAAAUAUUUGAACCUAGUUCAUGUCACCAGUAAUGUCUAACCCUUUUUCAUUGCUAUGAAAGAAAAAAAUCAUGAAUUACAGAGAUUUUUAUAAUGUUUCCUUACCACAAUUCUGAUCUCAAGGCUAGUUCCCAUUCCUUUUUCAAUGUCUUACUUCAUUCCAUUUAUAUUAACAUGGAUGAACCUAAGCAUCUAGAAAGGGAAGAAAAUAAUCAUUUAUGUAAUGCCUACUAUGUCCCAGGUACUAUGCUAAAUGCUUUUUUACAAUCUUACAAAUUAUCUCAUUUGAUCCUUACAACAACAAUAUGAGGUAGGUAAUAUUAUUCUUCUCAUUUUACAGUAGAAAAAAGUGAUUAUUGAGUCUCACCCCCUUUGAAUAUUUUUGAAUAAUAAAGCAAGUAUUUCUAUCGUCACCCCUAAACUUUAUUUUAAAAAUGAUUUUGGAAGGGCUAUUCUUUUUAAGCUUCUUUUGGUUUACUUGAGAAAUUACUUGAUAUAUUGAGAAUUUAUUUAAGAAUUGUUUACAAAAAAUGCCACUCCACGCCUGAAUGCUGUACGCUGCUCUGUAAGUGUUCCUCAUUUUUUCCCUUUUAAAAAUAAUGAUUCAUUAGCAAUAUUAAUAACAUCAGCAAUCACAUUUUAAUGAAGUAAAAGAUGUUUUCAACUGUAGACUGAUUUUAAUAUCUAUCAGCAGCAAUUAAAAGACAUAUAUUAAAUGCAAGAAAAGAUGGGAGGAAAUGUAUUAUAUUGGAUCUUAUAGUAUUAGGUUUUCAAGGCAUUGACUCAUACAUUACUUUCAAAAAAUGCUUGCUUCUUGUUGACAAUUGCCCUUGGCAAAAUGGUGAUGGAAGUUUGCCUUCAGCAUUCCUAUUUAUUUUUAUAUCCCUUAGUUCUGUUUCCUCAAAUAGUUUAUAGCUGUGUGAUCCUGGAUAAAUCACUUAACCACUUUGAUCACCAGUUGUUUUUCAUCUAUAAAAUGAUGAAUUUAGACUUGAUUUCUAAGAUUGUUUUUUUUAGCUUUAAGUUUAGGAUGUGUGAUCCUGUGAUCUAGGGGAGUGCUGGUCAGGGAAAUGUAUUUUGGUGUAAUAAGACACAGGGAUGGUGACUUGAGCCACAAGAAAGAUGUUUAACCUACCACUUUGAGAAUUGAUGGUGGUAUUGAUUUAAUUAAGAUUUCCAGAGUGAAAGGGGGAAAAUGCAGGUAAGGAUUCAAUUAGAUGGAGGAACUUUUCUCAAUCGAGUGUUCAGUACACAGGACCAAAUAAACUCCUGGUUUGAAAUAUUAUUCGUUGUAGGUAACAUAUUUGAAAUUUCAAUAGAGGAUUUCUGGAAAUCAAAUAUUUCAGUCCAAAGGAGUCCAAAUGUAAUGAUGGCAAUUCCAAACAACAUGGGUGGCUAUUGUGAGACAUAUUUGACAAGCAACCUUUGUGGUGCCUUGUAAAUAUUGUAUUGAGGGUGGCCCUCUCUUCCUAUACAUAGGGAGGCCCAGAUUAAUCUAAAUGCUUAAUGUAUAAUUUGAAGCAAAUAAAUACAAGUUCCAGGAGCAUCUGUUCA